GUCGUUGGGAGGUAGACUGUGAAAGUCACUUGAAGAAACACUGGAUUCACGAAAUGUAAUUAUUUUGAUUGAUGAAAAUAAGGAGAGUGUUGAUAGUCCGUCUUACAUAAGUAAAAAAAAAUAAAAACAAAAAAGUAUUAGUAUGUUCCAUAUGUCUAGAGGAAUUCCAGAUAUUUGUCCACCGAACAAAUUUGAACUUUACAACUGAUAUGAAAUUAAAUGUUAUAAACUAAACAUUAGAACCGAUAUGAAAUUAUAGAGUAUGAUAAACUAAACACGAUGUUGCAAAGUGACUCAAACAUGUUAAUGGCAGUGAUAACAGGUUUGGUGAUUUUCACCGUUGGACAAGCCUCGCCUCCUCUACUGGUAUCGCCGUCGUCUCGUAGAAUCUUUCCUGAAGGACCUGCGUGGGUCACGACUGACAAAGUUGCAACUGAUUUACCAGAUCUCAACUUCGGCACUCGCUCACCCUUCAUCUCUGAAGAUAUAAGCACGACUUGGGACCCUGAUAUAUCUACAGAUGUGUUUACGACUGCCAGUGAUGAGACGAGAGCCACCACGACAGAGGGGGCAGCGGAAGGCGGCAGCAAGCCAGGGACAGUCGUCAACUGCUUCUGCGACGCCGGCGAAGUUUAUGUUAACGGCGUUUGUCGUUCAUAUUCAAAGAAACCCAUUGCAGAGAAGCGAGUGAUAAUAAAAGACCUGGAGUGCGACACAGAAAGUGGAGUCAGGAUGCUUAACUUCUCAAGAGAACAGUUUAUACUAAGAGAUCGCGGAGACACCGUGCUGUCGAAAGAAGUUGUGAAACUCGGUAGUCUCCGCAUCAAAGAUUACUGCAUUACUUACUCUUUGGAUGAACACAGAGAACGCACCUGGACCGUGAAGGUGUGCGUGGACCCGCCAAAAGUACCACGAUGCUGUCCACCAGGCCAAUCCAUGAAGGACAAUGUGUGUCGGUCGGCUCGUACGCCAGAGCCUCUGGCACCCCCGAUCUCUGCAAAUCCGUAUGGUCCAGCUAUAUCAUGGCCCCAUAUCGAGACCUAUGAAAAGCCCCUCAACUGUAGCGUGGAACCCAUGAAGGAUCUCCCACUGAUACCCAGAGUCUCCUACUUAGCAUCGCACACCAAGGGCUUGGUCCACAUAUGGAACGCUAAAGAGAACGAUUACAAGUUUCAGUACACAUACGAUCCCAAAUUCUGCGUUGACGGAAGGCAGAAUCUCGAUGGAUCGGCGUCAUAUUCAGUAAAGGUAUGCUUCGAAAGUCCUAUGGAGCAACAUCAAAGAUUGUGUUCCGAAAAAGUCUGUGUGAGAAAAUGUUGUGCGGAGGGAGAAAUAGUGCAAAAUUAUUUGCACUUGUGUGUUCGGAGUUUAGCGGCAGAGUUUGCACCGCGCAUGAACACCGAAUACAACCGCGUGAUAGGCAAACCCAUAUGUGACCGUUACACACAUAUUAUAGACUUCCAAUUGUUACCCUUCACGGGGUAUCUCUACACACGGAACACAACUCUACCACCGAGUGACUACUGCAUUGACAAGUUUUCUGAUCGAGAAGGCAACAUAAGUGACGGUGCCUUAGCAUGCAUCAAUUUUAGUACAUGGAAGAAGGCUCAGAAAAUCGUGUUCCUAGUCUGCAUGACCAUUUCCCUGGUCUUCCUCCUUAUAAUCGUCGUCUGUUAUUGCGCAGCACCAAUAAUGCUAAAGAAUAAAGGAUGGUAUCACUUGUGUUAUGUGGCGUCACUUAUCAUUGCAUAUUUCUCUGAAAUCAUGUUACAGUUACCUAGCAGCGUUCGGCAGCCGAUAAGCUGUAUCGGAUUUGCCAUAUUAAUGCAGUUUGGAUAUUUGUCAGCAUUUUUCUGGCUCAGUAUCUUUUUUUUUGAUGUCUGGAGAAUAUUCAGGAGCCUCAACAACAAACUGCGUCCACCUCGACCCAUUCCUCCCUAUGUCUACCAUAUUUAUGCAUGGGGUGGACCUCUUGUGAUAUGUUCAGUCACACUAGGUUUGCAGUAUGUGGAUGCGGAUGACGUUCCUUCUUGGCUCAUUAAACCGCAUCUAGGGGAAUACAAGUGUUGGUUUGGAGAGGAUAUGGAGAAGCUUGUGUUUUUCUACCUGUAUAUUGCCAUCCUGUUAUUUGCCAAUUGUCUCUUCAUUGGUCACACAUACUGGGUCAAGAGAAAAAUGGAUAAAACUUUGGCGGCUCUUAGAGUUGACAAAAAAGGAAAUGGCGAGAAAACUUCACCAGUUGUCCACAGCAAACAGAACUACUACUCUGAAUUCAAAACAAAGUUCUCGUUACUGGCUCUCAUGUCGAGCUGCUGGGUGGCAGAUGUUCUGUCUUGGCAAAUUCCACCACCAGAGCUUUGGGCUCUCACUGACACACUGAACACACUCCAGGGUUUCUUCAUAUUCGUCAUUUUCAUGCAAGACAGACAGAAACGGCAGCACCUCAAAGAGAAACUCCUGAACCUUUUAAGAUUUUUCGAGAACAUCUUCAAGUAAACUGAAACUUACAUCAUGGUUUCAUAUCUGUUGACUCUUUCAUCCUCCAUCAAAACCACAUCUGUAUUCAAAAAUGACAGGCGCUCUCUACAAAGAUCCAAAUCGUUUGACAGCGACAAUGGCAGCAUUUCCCUCUAACAUACUCACACAUCGCAAACGAGCAGCAUUUCUUCAAGUAGUAGUGUUAGCAACAUCUCCCAUUGUUAGCGAACAAGGCACAAGGCUUUCUGGACUUAAAUGAGUUAAGUAGAAUAUUUCUUUCCCACCCAGAAAUUCAUAAUGACCAGUUUUUGCCUAGUGUUAAAAUCCACUUGACAAUGGACUUUCAGUGAUAGACUGGAAAACUGGACAGUUCUCCAGCACAGUAAAAAAAAAAUGUAUUUAUGUCCUGUUAUAAUUGUUUUACAUCUAUCUUCGAUAACUAAGUACUGACUUGUACCUAUGUAGGUAAUAAAGAAGUGUUAUCCAUAUCAUGUCAUAUAAACAUUGGAUCUAACCAUGAUGCUUAUGUUCUGAAAAGUAAAAUGACAUGCCCAUGUGUUUGUGUGUCUGUUUGUGAUCUGUGGCACAAAUAUGGGACACUGGAUUCUUAGAAGUGCUGCAAGUACGGCAGUAAGCAGUGAUAACUUUUAACGAUUUUAAUAUUGCGUUGAAAUCAUAUAUCAUAAACAAUGUCUGGGAACCAUGAAAAUUGUGUUUUAAAAAAGUACAAUCAAAAUAGUGUUUGAUAAUCUUAUGUAAGUGCGCUUAAAUUACUUCUAAGGAAACGUGCCAUGUGUCUGUGGAUAUCACAAUACUGUUAAGUCAUAUUAAAGUGUGUGAUGUUUAGAGUUUUGGAACUAAUAGGUGCACAUUUAAGACGUAGGUCAACAUAUAGACAGUAUAUUUAUAUGCAUUGCCCCAUAUAUUUAGUUUUCAUUUAUUAGCCACUCCAUAUAAAUGUCUGUGUCAGAUACUUUACAUAAUAGUUGAUUAUAACAAUGUACUGCCCUGUAUUAUUAAUUCCUAUAAAUUAGCCUUUUUUAUAUAUGUUCAAAUGCACAUUACAGUACAUGGAAUUUUAAAGAAAAUGAUUAAUUGAUAUGACGAGUAUCAUACCUGGCACCAAGUAGUUCGUUUAACACUGCAUCGGUGA